CGCAUCACCGAUGCUAUCUCGCGACAAAUAAACCGGGUAUACAUACAUGUCGCCGGAGGUCAAUUCCUGAAGACUCGAUCCCAGCUCUCCCUCCUACGAUGGUGCUCCGUAUUCUGUGCAAAGAUUGAUCAGUUCUCGGUCGGACGCGUGGCCGGGGGGGUAGAGGGUGGUACGCAUGGGUCAAGGCGCAUGAGCAACAACCAACACAACCAACAGCAAAGGCCCAGUUGACCGACUCUUGCAUGGCACGAAGGAAUCUCGUCACAUCAUUUGCAUGUAUUGUGAUUUCAGCUACCGCAGUUGUCUUCAAUAACCUUAGCUCAUCGCCACUGGCCCUUUGUUGCCCCGUCGGCCCGCAGCUCGCAGUCCUCAACACACCUUUCUCGUACUCUGAACUCAUGACACCAAGUUAUUAAACUGCAAUCAAAUUUCAAAAACGGGCUCAAAUGUGUGCGCAGAUGCGACUGUCGCAAUGAGUUCGCCAGGGAAGAGACCCAACAAUGGCCUCUACCCAGAGGCACGAAUGUUGAACAAGAAGCCCAAGCUCUCCGCAAGCGGCCCGAAUUUUUCUGCCGACUGUGGCACCCGUGUGUUCACUCAGCCAUCCAUCCCAAUUAUUGACCUCACUGGAGACGAUGAUGACGAGCCUCAACUCGCGCAGCAGGCGGAAAAGGCGAAUGUGAACCCUGAGUUCUUAAGCGCGAAAAGCACUGCGGCGCAGAGAACCUCACCGAUGCUAGUCGACUUUACUGAUGAUUCCACGGAUGCCGAGUCUUCUCAAACACCGUCCUCGCAAGGUCUUACGGAAGAGUAUGCCAAGCUUCAGUUAGCGGAAACAGAGGAUGAAGCUCAGAGCAAACGUGCAAUAAACCCAUACGUGCAAAAAUCAGGGCCCGCCUGCUUCGGUUUGCUUUUGAUAGAAGCAACAUCUACUGGUGCUGUCGACUUGCCUCCCGAAUGCACGCCAGCCACCCUGAGCUAUGAAGGUGCGUUGGUCAGGGUACACAUAGACGGCAUGAGUACCCGGGCCGCCAUUUUCAUAGACGAAACGCUGCCCGCAGUCAUUCGGAACUACUCAGUCACGUUGAAUGCCACUAUAUGUGGGAAGAAGUCAAACCCCAUUGCUGGUAGAGGCGCAGGCUCCAAGACUAGAACUCGGGGCCCACGAAUCUGCCACAUUCGGGUUACAGUCUACGGGAUUCUCGAGGAGAAAGAUGAAGUUGGGACUGCACUCAUGAGUGGCAAGCUCUUUCUACAACACCCAUGCCCGUCAGAGUUUGAUGCGACCAUCAAAUACUUCAAUCCGCAGUAUUUCCUUUUGCCUGGUGAGGAAAUGCCCUCGAUAGAAUCUGUCAACACGGUACCAUGCUGUGAGGUUACAGGUACUCGGGAACCACUUGGAGAAGCAGAGCGCAGUCAAGUCUUGAGAAUAUUCGACUCCACCUACACUGCUGAUGCAGACUUGGAUCAACUGAGGGGCAGGCUCACGCCAAGUCCUCGUCUACGUACAGACCUGAAAAAACAUCAACUUGAAGCUCUUGCCAUGAUGAUCGAAAAAGAGACUGGGGCCUACACUACCGCGAGGUUUCCUACGCUCUGGGAAAGAGUUGCAACCCCGGGCGGGCUCAUCCGGUAUCAGCACGUCGUGACGAAAAAAUACGAAAUUGAGCCGCCGCCCUAUGUAGGUGGCGGUGUACUUGCUGAUGAAAUGGGCUUAGGAAAAACUCUUUCAAGCCUCUCCUUGAUUUGCCAUUCCCUUGACCUGAUCACCAACACCACGGCGAACACACAACAUGAACCAAGAGGCACUCUGGUGGUAACACCAAUGUCAACAAUAUAUGAAUGGGAGAGACAGAUCGAAACUCAUAUUAAAGCCAAGCAUUAUCUGUAUCAUGGCACAAGGCGUCAAGAUUUGGCUAAUAGUAUCGACGAUUAUGAUAUUGUCCUAACAACAUACGAAACCUUGCGAUCUAAAUGGAACGGAGAAGGACCGUUAUUUAAGCAAAAGUGGUUGAGGUUGAUACUCGACGAAGCGCAUAAGAUCCGGAACCGAGCAUCUCAGCUGUUUACUGUGUUGUGUGAAGUUUCAGCUAAACAUCGCUGGUGUCUCACCGGAACACCCAUACAGAACAGCCUCGACGACUACGGUGCAUUGUUAUCCUUCAUUCGUGUGCCUCAGCUCUCUACGAAGCAUGACUUCGAAAGAUUGAUCAUGCGGCCAGUCAAAUCGAAGAAGCCACACAGCCUGCCGAUGCUCAGGAAACUUGUGGCUGCGACCUGUCUGAGGAGGACAAAAGCUAAGCAUGCCUCCACACUCGGCUUGCCAAGCAAGGAGGUGCUGGUCGAACCGGUCGAGAUGAAUGCUGAAGAGAGAAAAGUCUACGACUUCUUCAAGCGACACAUGUAUCUACUCGCAAUCCCCAGCAAGAAGGCCUCCAACUCAAAAAAGGGUAGGCAGGUCAAGGCGUCUAGAAGCAGUGCCAACGUGCUACUUCUCAUUGGUCUUCUACGAUUGAUUUGUAACCACGGGGAGGAUCUCCUCACCAAGAACGCUCAAAAGGCGUGGAAGAGCCAGAACACCAGCUUCAUUACUUGGGAAACGCUAGAAUCUGCCUUGAAGCGAUGUUCUUCUUGUGGUUGUGGAAUCGACGACCAAGAACCUGGCGAACAAAUGGCUGGAGAACUUGCCUGCGGGCAUCUCAUCUGCUAUAGAUGUUUUCCGGAAGCGCAGACUUCAGAAGACACCGUUUCUUGCCCAAGAUGUCAGAGGUCUUCUGAUCGAGACACAGGAAUAUCUGCAGCCGAGACAGAGGUUGGGUUCAGUUCCACACAACGACGCCGCCCAUCUGCCAAGGUUCAAGCUCUGCUCAAGAACUUGGCCAAAGAUCGAUCCGACGCAGAGUCCAAGGCUGAGAAAGCCCCCCCCAAAAGCGUGAUUUUCAGCUACUGGACCAAAAUGCUGGACCUUAUAGAGAUUGCUCUCAAUGACCAUGAAUUGAAAUUCUGUCGGAUCGAUGGGCAAUCGUCCCUUCCACAGAGGAGAAAGGCGAUAGAGAAAUUCAACAGUGACUCAACGCACAACAUCAUGUUGGCGAGCAUAGGAGGUGCUGGCGAAGGCAUCGAUCUUAUCGCUACCAAUACCGUUCACAUUGUAGAGCCCCAUUGGAAUCCUAUGGCAGAGGCCCAGGCUAAGGAUCGUGUUCAUCGGAUUGGACAGCAGCAGGCCGUGACAGUAUACAAAUACAUUGUCGAGGACUCAAUUAAAGUUUACGUAAAAGGAGUCCAGAAGGACAAGUUACAGCUAGUUCAGGAGUCUUUGUCGUCCUUGGAGUCGACAACACAGGAACUGGAAGAUACACAGUGGAAGAAGCUUUUAGAAUUCUUGCAAUAGGAUAAAAGUUGUCAGAGAAGAGCUCAAGGGAGAGGUUAACAUGGUCUGGUUAGGGAUUACAACCAAGUUUUUAAGACUAGUUUUCGUGAAUUCAUUUUACUAUUAGGAGCAGAAGGCCAUCGGUUAUUCAGUGUAGUGGUGCAAAUAUAACUGUCAGCCAGCUGCUGAUCUAGUACACAAGGUUCAGGGUGCGAGAGGGUCACGGAAUGCUUCAAUUCGUACGCAAAGGGCAGCAGUGUCGGUGGGCUGCAACGGAAGAAGUAAAGUGUGUCGCCCACGCCUUGGCGGACAUCCACAACCCAUGGCAUGGCAGCGUCCUAAGACCAAGGACACGCCUCAGAAUAUAUAAU